ACGUUUCAGGGCAGGUGUGCUUCAAAAAUUGAAUGCCUUUCGGUUCUGUGAUUACCUUCCUAAUAUCCUAUCAACAUGCACAUCACUUGAAAGCUUUUAUCAUGCUUUCGAAUGUUUGAUCGUGCUAAUGAGUAAAAACGGUUUGACAUUACUCUUCAAAUAGAACCUUUGAUCAAAAGGCUGAUAUAUGAUGGCAUGAUAAAAAUGGUCUGACUAUCCUCUUGACUAUUAGAUGCGUUUACAACGGAACACAGUAGAUAUUCGAUAUUGCACUUCAAUUAGAAGCUUUUAUCGUAAAUUGGGAAAUUGGAAUAUAAGAAGCUUUGAUCGUGCCAUUCGAACAGAAGGAUUAGAGUCACAUUCUCUUUCUUAUACAUCGAGAAUGAUCGAUAAUUUCACUCGCAGACAGCAACCUUUUUAGAAGAGUAACUAAGUAUAUGGSUCGACAAAAUGAUUAUGACUUUUAAACCACAAGGCCCACAAGAAAAAACUAAUGACAAGCCUAACCAAUGCACGGCAAUUGAACCUUGGGGGCUCAGUCGUUUGUUAAACGGAAGCACUUUACUUUUUGAGAAUAUUGACGACUUCAAAAGGAUUUCUACCUCACCUAAACACAUUCACUAUAUAAAAGCCUUCCCUGGGCGUGAACAAGCUACAAGGUUCCUAACUAUAUUUAAUUAGCGAGGAAACUGGAGGGUGAUUGAUUUUGAUUUUCAACGAGUUAGAUCAUGCGUGUAACUAAAGCAUGCCGCACAACGGUGAGUGAGAUUCCACUGGAGCACUUUUCUCACUGCCUCGCGAGGCAAUUUUGCCAAUGAAAUACGGUGUUCAUAACACAUCACGAGACAGUGAGAACCUCACCGCGUGUGGUGUGCUUAAGUGACCAGGAAAAAUGAACAACUCCACGUCUGCAGGAGAUACAACCGGUAGAAGAGAUGUAUAUGUUGGGUUCACUGUAGUGAUAUUCAUCUUCGGAUUGCUGGGCAAUACUCUAGUUAUUGCAGUAUUGGGGAAGAAGAAGAAACGAUCUAUCCAUGAGAUGUUUGUCCUAAAUCUAGCCCUUGCAGACGGUCUAUUUCUUCUGCUAAGAUUACCGCUUUAUGUUUAUGAAAAGUACUUGACGAUUUACAAGACUGACGCUUAUUGCCGUAUAAUGAUUCUUCUCCACACCAUCUUUUACUUCAUAAGUAUAUUUACAAUUACCGCAAUGGCGAUAUAUCGUUGUUAUGUCAUCGUCAACCCSUAUAACCGGACUAAAUUAACACCCAAGACUGGUUAUAGGAUCAUUGGUUUUGUAUGGUUCGCGUCCUUCAUCAUAGUUUUGCCGAUAGCAGUCGUUAGCGUGUCAAAAGGAACUGAAUGCGAUGAAAAAUGGUUCCACUCAAGUCACGCGGAUAUUUACACCGCUGCCCUGUUUGUACUGCAGUUUCUUCUACCGUUGAGCAUCAUAGCAGUAGCUUACAUCAAGAUUGGUGUCUUCCUUGUUCUGCACAAAGCACCCCAGUCAUCGCCUGGGAAAAAUUCCAAGCGCGAGAAAAGACGCAAAGAAAACAAGCAGGUCAUUAUGACUCUGGCCGUUAUUGUAAUAUUGUUCACAAUCUGUCUACUUCCUGGACAAAUUGCGUGGAUGGUUGAUGCCUUUGGUAGUCCAGACAGAGAGAAGAUUAAUGUUGUAUAUGACGCUUCGAUCAUUUUAGAUUUCAUCCACGCAUGCGUUAACCCCGUUAUCUACGCUCUUCUAACGGACAGUUAUCGUAAGGGUUAUAARGAUGUUAUAACCAAAGUUAUCAGCUGUGGAAGGGCCUCCAUCACUCCAGAUCUCGAAAGCUCAAUAAACAUGCAUCCUGAUCAUGGAAGUAACGAGAAUGAGAACAAGCCCACUGCGCAAGUCACAGUUGAUGAAAAUAUAAACAGAUCGUCUGCCUAUAACGUGCCUAGUUCCUCACAGCUCGAUUACAAGUUUUAAUCCAAUCAGAUCUCAUGCCUAACAGGAGGACAGUAACAGAUACAGAGAUAGGCGUCCAUGAGUGCAUAUCUCUAUUUCUAAAACACGUUUAUUGUCACUUCGAGGGGACGCCAUUGGAAUCCGCAAAAACCGUUCYUUCUCAUUUACGAUUUCAGCGGUCUGAAUUGUCUCUUUUCUCUGAACUGCCCCUUCCGAUUGCCUCAAUGGAUAUAAUUGUUAGAUUAGCUCAGGCCUAAGGCCCCUAAGCGUCAUGAAUGCAAGUAGCGUAUACAAAGAAAAACACUAAAAUCAAAACAAAUGUGUAUUGUAAAUAUGAACUUAAUCGUGUUACCUCUGAUAUGAUUGACUGCUUAACUUUAUACCUUAUAACAAGCUGAUUUAUUGAAUUAUWCCGAACAAAAUCAAAAAUAACAAUWWAUAUUCUUAUUAGUAAAGAGAAAGUAGUUUUUUUCCCCCAUAAAACUGACUUAACUAACCGCCGAAUAGAUAUUUUGCUCAAUUUUACCGGUGAGAAGUGAAUGAACACAGAGGAGAGCUUUACACAAGUUAAACUGUGAACGCGUUAUCCCUUCAUUGGGAUAAAGAAAKAUACAGAGAUAGAGUUAUCACGAAGUUUAAGAGCAAAAAUCCAAAAAUAUGACUUUAAUCAAAGAAGUAAUUUUAAAUUUACAUCUUUUCAAAGAUUAAUUUUKUAAGGAUUUUGGUUUGCGGACAAGUACAUUUAAUUUAAGGAGGCACUAAAAAUCAUUCACUUUUGAUCCGAUUAACGCCAAAGUUCUUGAUUUUGUGAUGUACGUACAUUGUGGUGAUUUUUCUAUUUUGUUGCUAUGGAAACASAGUCACGUGACAACACGGCCKCCAUUUUUAUGUAAAAAAAGUAGAAAAAAUAUUUAGCGAUCUUGGCUAGCUAAGGGAAUCGUACACAGUUCCCCGCUGUAUUAAGUCAAGAUAUAGACUAGAUGUGGAUUAAUGAAUAGAUUCGCUGAAGAAUCAAUCGACGAGUUUAAAAAACAUUAUUUUUCACCCAGAGCUGUUUCUCAGUGAAAAACAAAAUAGCAAUAGCUGGCUUUAGGCAGAUUGCUUCCGAUCCUUAGGUUUUCUUUGUAAUGUAGUGAUGUAGGUCUGUAUUARGGAUAAGUAAACAAAAUCAUGACAAUUAAACAUCUGUUUCUUAUGUCUAUUGUCGCACUAAGAAUAGUAUAUUGAUAGCACAAACCAGUUCUUUUGUGAACGACGCUACAUAAUAGGAAACGAUGUUGUUAAAACGAUUGACAAUAAGUAAACAAAGCUUUUAAAAGCUAUUUUUGAUAGUGUACUAGCAGUAAACACAUUGAUUUGCACGUGUGACGUCAUA